UAUUUUGACGUUUUGUCUUAGUAACGCAUUUCGUUGCAUUUGUACAAAAAUGACUUCCAAGAAGAUAAAAAAUGUUUGUAAAUAGCUUAAGGAUUUUGUAAAUAAAUUAUAAAAAAAUUUUUCAAUAUAAAACGUAAAAAGUAAAAUGGUCGAAGAAACCUCAAUGACAAGUAAGCCGCGAAUAAAAACAACAAGGCCUAAACCAGUAUACCUAUGGACAGUAUCGGAUGUAAUUAAGUGGUACGGACGACAUUGUAGUGAAUUUCCAGAUUAUCAACCACUUUUUCUUAAGCACGAAAUAACUGGCCGCGCCUUGCUUCGUUUAACCGAUUAUUCUCUGGAACGUAUGGGUAUUAUCAAUAAUCGUGAUCGAGAGGCAAUUUGGCGAGAAAUAAUAAAACAACGACUCAAAACUGAUAUUAUGGAAAUACGUGAUAUGGAACGCAACAUUAAUACUUAUUAGGGAAUUUUUUUAAAAAAUUAGUUACCAUAAAAUAAAAACAAAUAUUAUUAUAACUUUUUAUGCUUAAGCAACGUGAAGUGAGAAAGAAAGCACACCAAUUUUAUUUUGUUUGAAAAAUUAGG